AUGUACGACGAAAAGCCGACGGAGCCGGGCGAGCGGGACUAUUACUUCGAUCUGGGUCUGAGCGAAAAGACCACUAUCGAAGAGGUCAGGAAAGCCUGGGCUGUGCUCGUUCUAAAGCACCACCCGGACAAGAAGGCGCCCGGGAAAGCCACCGACGCCAGCGAGUUCAUACAGGUUCACGCCGCCUACGAUUUCCUUCGCGAGUCCGAUAGCAAGAAAACCGAGUAUGACCUCAAACACUCCGGAAUCCAGCAAGAAUGGAUAGACUACCGGCGAGAUCUAAAGCUCUACGAGCAGCGACAAGAUGAGCAGCGGCAGCGCGAGGUCGAAGCCGCUGAGAGGGAAGCCGAGCGUCUGCAACGAGAAGAGAAGAAGCGCAAGCAACGCGAAGAGCGAGAAGGACAAAAAGAAGCGAAGCGCAAAGAAGCAGAGCAACAGCGCAAGAUCCAGAAGUGGAAGCGAAGGGACGAGUGGGAACAGAAGAGGCGAGCUUAUAUGGACCAAGAAGAGCGGGCGCACCGGGACGCAAUAGCGCUUGGACGUGUGCCUAGGAAAUAUGCGCAGAUGUAUGCACAAUGUCCUUGCUUAGGAUGCGCUUGGCGUGCUCGUCGAGUGUACCGUGAGAAGUUCUACGGACUCCGGCCAAUGGAUCCUCAGGAACAUAAGGAAUACCGGCAAUGGAAGGCUGACGAAGCGGAGCGACGGUCUCGCGAAGUGCAGCAGCAAAAGGCGCGCGAAGAGCAGGAGCGGAAAGCCAAAGAGCGAAUGGAGCAACAACGCAAGGAAGAGGAGGCUGCACGCAAGAAGGAGGAAGCCGCCCAGCGCAAGAAGAAGGCGCGCGAGCGAGUCGCAGACGAACGCUCCAAGGAAGCCGCACGACGAGCCCGCGAAACGCAGGAGAAGGAUGCUCAGCGUCGCUUGGCCCGCGCCCAGAUCGCGCAGAAACAGGAGGAAUAUGUCAUGGAAGUUGAAAACAGCGGAGAAAAGCUCGGAGAAGAGGAGGUGAUCAUCGACAUCGGAUGGGCGAAGAAGAAGGGCGUGGCGAAAUGUCUGUAUUGCGAUACGGACAUCAGGCACUAUUCAUUCCGUUGUCCAGAGGGUGGUGCUAUUGCGUGCAACCCGUGCAAGAACAAGCUCAGCCGCUUCGCUCCUUGCAAGCUUGAGAGCGAUGGCGAAGCUGAGCCGGAGGACACUUCGGAAGAUGGAGAGUAG